CUGGCGAAAUCGCCUGCGGGCAAAUGCGAAAAUUUUGCAAUUGUGACGGAUGGGCAAUGGCAGCUUGAACUUCCAAAUUUAAUAUCGGAUGAAAGUAGCAGUGAGCUCAACGGUAAGUGUGGAACGCGUGCAGCGGAGGUUGAUGAAUCACUUUAGUUCUGUAGUUAAAUAUUAAGCUCAAAUAUUAACGUGGUUAAACUCUGGUUCCACCGUUUUUUGUUUGUUGUUUUGUGGAGCGGAUGUUUUUUUUUUUUUUUUUCACCGUCCAUUUGAAUGCGAAAAUUGAGAAGAAAAAUCUCUACAAAGAAGUAGCGAGUAAAUCAGUUUAUAAGCUUUUUUCUGAUUAAUUGGUGAAUGAACAACAGUGUAGCUUAACAUAUUAAAGACCCCGUUUAUUUAUACACGCCCUUAAAUUUAUUCGUUUCUGAAAACCAGACGUUCAAAUAAUAUUCAAUUCUCUCCUCGAGGGAAGCUACGCACGAGAGAUUUCGCUCGAUGUGCACGUUUUAUACAUAUUCACGAGCAUUUGCUGAUAAGAACUGUGUAAGUUUCUCAGAAGUCACUAAAGAGAAAACUUAAAAAACACGGUAUUUAAUAUUUUAGUACACAUUAUCCAAGAGGUCACAAACUGGACCGGAAAGCCAGUAGUGUUGCUGAAGGCGCCGGCUACGUCUGAUAAAAGCAAGCAGAAGUCAAUGAACGACACUGAGAAGAAAGGUGACGAGUCAAAAGUGAGAAGGAAACGGAAAUCACGAGAAGAAGCAAAAGAAGAUGAAAAUCUGGCAAAGAGGAUCAUGAUUGAAGGAGGUGACAUCGAGAGAAACGAAAGGCAACAAGGAGACCUUCAAAAGUUUCAGGAUGGUAGGGCUGAAUUAGCACUUGUAGUUCGUUUACCUGAUUUUCAAAAGUCAUAAAUUUCGCUACUUUGGAAAUUCUGCGGUUUCCUUGUUUAUAAACACUGCCUUGUUUAUACAACGAAAAACGCUCACUCGGUGCGUUCGCUAUGUAAAGAUAGUUUCUUUUAAAUUCCGGCUAAAAACUGUAUUAUUAUCACUUUGAUGGGCAUUGUGGCGCAUUUUGCGUGCUAAAAUAAAGAAUUUGCCGGGCUAAAAUGUAUUUUUAAAAAUAAACCAAGACAACCAAUGUUCGCGCCGUCUUCUUGUAGCGUUGGUAAAAGAAACCGUGGAGCUAUUUUUAAAGCCCAAAUCAUGGCUGAAAACACAGAAAACAACAAAAAAUUUGUAAAUUCUCAAUCUUCUCAGGUAGGGAAGAAGAUCUUAAAAAGUUAGAUGCUGAUUCCAUGGCCGAUAGCGAAGUGCAUGUAAGUUUUGCGGAUUCAAGAAAAACAAACUCUGUUUAACCAAUUAUGCCAAACUUCAGUCUUGCAAUUGCACAAUUACUUUCAAUGCUUACAAAUAAGUUAAUCCAUUUUUUCUUUCACGUCUUUUACGAUUCUUCACAACACACAUAGGGGAAGAUUUUGUAAUUUUUAGCCAGCUUUGGUUGUUACCAAAGCUGGCUAGCUUUUAGCGUUGGUAUUUUCAUUGUGCGAAAAUAAGAGCCCGGCAUUCAAGUUAUAAACGCUCGCUGUCAAGUUUUUUUUUUUUUCAGUUUUUUUUUUCUGAAUACCCUCCAAAGUGAUAAUGAUAGUAAUAGAGUUUAUGGGUUUCUCUUUGUAGGGGCAGGGCAAAACCUAGGGACAAUUCAAAAGAAACUGAAGGAUCGGAUUGUUUUUUUCAACUCUGAAGGAUUUGAAUGGCAGUGUUGCAUUAAGCGAAGUGCAAAUCAAGUGUGGCAUAUGUUCAAAAAGCUAUGCUUGUCGUCACACAGACAGGACAUUUAAUGGAAAAGUCAGCUACUUCAAAGCGAGUAAGUAAUGAUCACUUAUCUUUACAUAUUUUAUCAGACUUAUGAUAAAUUAGCGUUCGUGACAGUCUUGCCUGUUAAGUCCUUUAACUAUUUUAAUAAAUAUUUUGUAUUUUUAUUCACACUUGAAAAUGACCUCAUAGAGGUCGAAACGUGACUUUUUAGCGUUAAUUUUUAUAAAAUUUAUGAAAUUACUCAUCCAGAAUUGACGAAAAGUAGCUAAACUUAGAGAGAUAAGAGACGAAUAAUCAUCAUCAAAGAAUUACAAUGGGAGCACUUAUUGAAAAACGUCAACGAGACGACUUUUUUUAAUACUGAAAGGUUAAAAGCGGCUGGAAACCGAGAGAGGGAUGCUUAGAGCAUGGAAAUUCGUGAUAUCUAAACUAAAUACUUAAAUAAUUACAGACCACUUCGACAAGUGUCUAAGCAGAAAGAACAAGAAUGAUGCCACUCUUAAGAGUCAAGGUCGCAUGGAUGCAUUUCUGAUGAAAGCCAGUAACUCGAUAUCAUCCAAACAAAAGGCAGGAGAUAUUGCUAACAAUGAGGCAGACAUGAGCAAAGAGGACUUUGACGGCGCAGAUGCCACAUUGGCAGAGAAGUAGUUUCAUUUCAGUUGCUUGUGUGAUGAACAAAUCAAGAGCUUUCAACGUCAUAAAGUUAGAGUCGCGAUAAACUGGCGUUGUGCGUAUAGCUCCAUAGAUUAAAUGACCUUGAAAUGUACAAAUUGUUCGGUUUGUUUACCCCAGUGCAAGAGACACGUAAGCCAAUAAAUGUUAUUUUGGUUAUUAGGUGUUUUUGGUUGUUUCUUAUAUUACUUCAUUACAGAUCAUAUCUUUGAUUUGCCAAUAAAAUCGAGCCUAAUUUUAGUAUAUUUCGGCUUGUUAGUGAAUAUAAAGACGAGUUAUUCCCAGAUGCCUUGGACUCUGAUUACGACAAAGGCUGUUUAGCUGGCCCUCAGGGAUCUGUACUGGACAUCAGCGUCAAGGAGGACAAUCCAAAUUAUGAUGCCCCCGUAGUUUCAGAUAAUGAUACAGAUGCAAGUUCCGCUGGGAGUGAAACUGAGAGUGAAGAUUCCGAGUUUAUAUCAUGCCCUAUGUAAGUGUAUCUGCUUGCGCUCCAUCCCUAUGUUUUCAGUCUCAAGCUUUCCUACAAUUUGUUACACUUUUUUUUCUUUCCCUAUCUACCAGCUCACUAAAUGACGCUCAUCCACUGGCUGUGAAACUCAACAAGCUCAUUGAAGAUGGGAAGAUACCAGAAAGUUGCAUUUAUUACAAGUUCCUCAAUGAUACAAUGUCGUUUGCAUUGACUGAUCCCAAAACUGCGUCUGGCUUUAAAUGGGAUGACGAGGUAUGUGAAUUUUUCUCGACCAUCAAAUACCUUGGAGGUGAGAGAACAAGAAAGUUCGUCCGAGGGCCAGGCUUCUUCGGAACAGGGAGAGGCGGAGAAAAAGAAUUCAAAUCGUUCGCGGAUUUUAACUUGUGUGGCCCCUCCUUAAACGCGACAAAACGAUGCCAAUCAGGCUACACAACAGAAAGUGGAAUGAUUAAGCCCCAUUUGCAGUCACUCCAUUCCCUGUGUCAACAUCCAAAAGCAGAUCUACAUGCGAUUGUUGAUAACGAGAAGGUUCGCGCCAUCCCAGUAGCUUUAGCAAGUGACGGCACGGCUCUGAAGCCAGGCCUAGAAUACGACUCGCGUCAAAAACAAGUAAUUGAUCUUACACAUAGAGUGGACGAGAAAUUCGUGAAAAAGCAUCCUCUUCCAGACCCUGAAAAGAUAAAGACCAAUCUAAUCACCAACGCAGACGUAACAAUUGCGACCUCGCCUGAUAACGGUGCUGCGAUGCCCGUGGCGGUUAACUUCCGACCCAAAUCUGUGACUGGAGAAGAAAUAUUUUCUUGCAUGGAAGAUAGUAUUAGAACCGUACAAACCUGUCAAAAUUGCUUAAAAGGUCAGCGAAGUGUUAAACACAUUGUGACGAGUGAAGCCUCAAAUUGUUUAGCAAUGAGCAAAUGCGAAGAGUGCCUAAAAGAAAAAUCGGUCUGUGCAAGCUGCAAGAACAUGGGACAAGUUUCUCAUCACCCUUCUUUAAGGGCAUGUGAUUCUUGCUCAGAUAGAAACGUGACGUGCCAAAAGCUAGUUGUUAUGGCAGUAGCAACCGACUGCGAGGAGUGCAACAAGAAGGCACUUGUUCGCUUAAGUGACAUGGCAGAUGGCAAGGAACUGCCACCAGAAUUAAAAUUGGUAGUUCCCUUGCCAGAUGUCGUUCAUAUUGGAAAAAGCUUUAAGUGUAGCUGGUCGAACUGGUUUAUCAACUUAGACGGUGAAUUUAGCAAUCUCGUGUUGCUUCGAAGCUUACGUGACAAUGCGGAGGCGUUUAUCAAAAAGAAGCUUCGAAAGUUGCUUUCACUUGAAUGUGUUAGGAAUAAAGACAGAAUGGCUGUCGAACCCAUUAUUCGUUUAACACGAAGAGAAGUUCUCAAAGUGCUGGAGGACGUUAAGUUCGUUGUGCAUACCAUCGUACCAGAACAAUACAGGUUUUGGAAAAGUAACCAACGUGGUGUAUGCCCUCACCCGAUCGCAGUUUCUGAAGGCCCAACAGGCUCGAUCCUUGCGCUUGAUUACAACUUUGAGACAGGUUUAUCAAGACUCCUAACAAUAAGAUUGCACCAGCCAGCAGAUGUCUCUGUUGUGCGAGAUGGACUGAAGGAUGCUAGGAACUUGUGCUUCAUUGAUGGGAUUGCAUUCUUGUGCGAAAGGGGAAAAUCUACAAUUUCUUUUGUCGACUUCGAGGGAAAAGUGAAGAUAAGUACAAAGUCACUCAAGCGACGAGCUGAACUUCUGAGGCACUUAGAGGCACUAUCUCUCCCAACGGAUGGAACGGUUCCCGUUUUGCGCGAAAGACUUAAGGACCACUUGGGUGCCAUUUCUAAGAACACGGACUGUGCAGAACACGUCCAGAUGCAUCCUAAUCGUCUUUGUAAGCCUUCUGCUGUCUAUGCUGCAAGUAAUGAUUUGUUAUUUUGUAGUGAUGACGAGAGUCAAUAUGUCUAUCAGAUAACAUUGAAAUUUGAUGGAGUGACCAUUUACGGCAAUGCUACGAAAUUCACUGCCUAUCCAUCCAGCAUCAUAAAUCUUUUGUCUAUUACUCUACUUGACCAAUGCGCAUUCUUCUCAGGAGCCUCGAGCCAAGGUGAGCUUUAUAAAUGUGAACUUAGCGCAAAGACAGUGACUAAAGCUGUAUGCAACUCGACUCUUCCUUGCUCUGAGGUAAACCAAAUAUGCACCUUGAACGGGAGGGUAGUUUACACGGAUACAAAGGCGGGAAAGGUUAUGCAAUACAACCCUGAUGAUAAAUCGGUUAGGACUUUGGUAGGAAGUGGCUACAACAGUUCUUCCGAUGGGACACAAGACUCAUGCUCAUUCAAACAAAUCGAAGGGAUAUGCUCUGUAGACAAGAACUUGUUUGUUACAGAUGUUUCCGCUGGAAAACUGAAGAUAGUGACGAGCCUCUCAGAAACGGUAUCUUUUCUGGGGAUUCUUGGCUCCCUUUACGAUACCUUUGGAAUUCAUUCUAAGGGUAUGAAACCAGACGGAGUGUCCUUGAAACAAGCAAAAGAGAACGGGACAAAGAUUGACAGCUAUGUAAAAGACACUGUGAGUAAGGUGAAAGAACGCUACCAGUUGAGCGAGACGUCUGCAACCAAUGGUCCACAGGGAACUGUAUCACAGAAGACGCAAGUAUCUGUGUCUUUGCUUAAAAAGGGCAUAGAAAGGCUAUACAAGAACGUGGUGGACAUUAACCCCCAAUUUGUAGAUGAUCUGCUGCUCGAAACGUUGCUCACAACAGUAGUGGAAAAUUUGCACGCUGUUUCACACCUUAAACACGAGACAUUUACGGUACUUACAUAUGCCCAGGAUUUUGGAACAAUUUGCAAGGAAUCUCUGAAGCGCACAUCUAGAUGGGCAGCAAAGUACUACACGCAUGACAAAUCCUACUAUCCGGUACCUAAAUCCGCCAUGCCCCUUUCUGCUAUAGCUACGAUGACACCUUUGCCAAGUGAGGACAUAACACCAGGGAUGGAAGGACAGAUCAAAGAGUGGCUAGAGAGUUACAGACCAGUACGCCAACGGACAGUUAGGAGUGAGACCACAAAAGAUAAGGCUGGGGCCUUGCCGCCAGCUGUCUACGCCGUUCACCACACCGACGAGUCUGAAGAGAGGCUUCGAUAUCCUGAAGAAAACACUGUAUCGUCAGCAAAUGCACAACGCGUUGUCAGCAUACAAUUUGUGGACGAAGGGGAUGUUACUGAGGUGUUUGAGGAUCACAGAGAAGUACAAAUCGAUGAGUAUGAGACAGAUUCGGAUGACGAGGAAUCAGAUUUUGAAGAACAUCCAGAGGUUGUCAACAGAGCGUGUGUUACCCGAUCCGGCAGGGCUGUUCGUGCAUUUGUGCGUCUCGACAUGUAA